AUGAACAUGAAAGACAAAAUACAAGAAUAUUUACACAAAAGAAAUAACGGACAGAUAUCCAUUAAGAUACUAGUAGAAGUCCUUCUUAUAAGUAUAUUUCUAGCAGGCCAUGCAUUCGCAUUAAUAAAAAGAAAUGAAAUAUUGGAUAUUCAGAAGGAAAUAAUAAGAACAAACGAAGGAGUAGAGUAUUUAGUCAAUCCAAGUGGACCACUUAGUCCAAUUAUGCUAUAUUUAUGCAGAAAGGUAGAUAUCCUUCAUAAAAAGAGGUUUAAUUCAGAUUAUAUAGUGAAACAUGGAUUUUGUCCGUUAGAUUUAACAGGUACAGUGCGCCUGGUAUUUGACCGAUCCAGUGACACAGUCAGCAAGAACUACAUUGAAGAUGAUGAACCAAAAAAUGUAGAAAACCGUUAUAAUGCACUAAUUAACAUGUUUCCUUCACCAGACGGAGAGAUAAGCAUCUACCCUAAGGAUAAUUGUAAAGACUCUUUCACUCUCUUCUUACAAAGUGACUCUAUCAAGGUAUAUUCUCAUAGAAUCCUUAUAGCACUUCUUCUUCUCUCAGAAGGAAUCGAUGUACCACUGAAAUUCAAGAAAUAUUUCUUAAAUUACCCGACACUUCAAUGGAAGAGUCCAUCUCAAAGAGAAAUAUUUCUAUCGGUUAAAAUGAUUAUUUCAUCAGAAGGCACUAGAGAUAGAUAUAGUUCAAAGAGAAAGGCACAUUAUCAACGGACUACAGAGCAAAUUAUCCAUACUUUUACUGAAUUUCAUGCAGAAAGUCAAUUUGAAACUGAAAAAACGACUUUUAAUAAAGAAUAUUCGUACGAAGACUGGGAUAAUGAGAAUAAACUAGAUCUAAGGUGGCUCAUUCAGUCGUACAUAUAUUUCUAUUUAGAAACAAAAAAUGAAGUAAUUAAAUUUAAUUUAGAAGUCUUCAGAAUAGUAGAUUCGUACAUAAAAGAAUGUGAAAGGUUUUCUUUGCAAGAUCAAAAAAUAAUUGCAUUAAAGUUCUUUAAUAAGUGCUUUAUGGAUAAAAAUACACAGUCAGACGUACUUGACUCUUGGGAGAAAGUGAAUAAAUUUGAAGAAAUUAUCACAGCACAAGAACAAAUUCAACUCCUUCCCUUUAUGGAAAAUAGUCAACUGCCAAUUAAAACAAAAGGAAAAAUACACUUAUACGGGUUAGCACAGUUAAAAAAAGAAAUAUUUUCACCAGAUAUUGAAUCUGCACUACUUGGUUUAUUCUGCUGUUUUGCCUAUGACCCAGACACUAAUACGUAUAAUAUUGACCAUAUUCCAUUUAUGUCAGAAGAAGUAAAGGGUCUUUUUGCCAUGGAAUCAGAUGACUUAACGGUUAUUCUUAAUGAAAGUUGUGAAAUUGAAGAAAAAUCAGUUGAAAAAAAGUCAGUUGAUGGAAAAACAUUAAAAAGAAGGAGUCUGGUGCCAGGAGAAAAAAUACCAGAAGAAAUCUACAAAAGAUGGAAGGAAAUACUUGAAGAAAUUAGUUCUACCUACUUAAAUUAUAACGAAUUUUCAGAAAAUUUUGCAGAAGAAAAUAAUUACAUAGAACUAGACAGAUCUUCAGAUUUGGAUAUUUCUUCAGACCAAGGGAUAGAUGUGAAUUCAAGUGAUUCUUUAAAUUCUGAUGGUUAUUUCAAUGAAAACAGUUCUUCCUACGAGAAUAGUUCUUUGGAUGGUUACGGAGUAAUUGAAAGUGACAGAAUUCUUGAAAUUCUCACUGUAAUCCUAAAACUCACAGGAAGGUACAAAGUACAAGAAAAGAAGAAAAUUGACAGAUUCCGGAUUUGGGUGAAAAGUGGUGCACUCUCUUCAGGAAUUUCUUCAACUGACAGUUUUGCAGAAAAAGUAGAAGAAUAUGCAGCAGAAUUAUUUGCUUCUCUUUCCAGGAACUGCAAAUCUAGCAAGUCCUUAGUCGACUGGUAUAAAAGUCCUUCAGACGAAGAGACAAGAAAAGUAUUCGUAAGGUUAUCACGACUAAUUUCCAAUGAGGAUUCAUAUAAUGGCUUAAAUAUAUAUAAUGGCAUUGAGGUUUAUUACGCAUAUAAGAGACAGGCGCAUAAUAUAACCCUUCAUUUAUGGAAUGAUGAAAUGGGACAUCUUCAGUUGGGAAAACCAAUAAUAAAAAUUGACAGAAAAAAUCAAGAAAUGAAGACUUUGAAAUCUGAGAUAUUCGAGAUAAAAAAAAAUACAUUCCCUGAAUAUACUCUAUACAAGUACGCUAGUUCAAUUGGAUUAUAUAUUACGGAUUGCAUAAUAAUUGACUAUUACAUUGAAGAAGACAAAGGCACAGAAAGAAUAUCUGAAUUGUUUGAUUUAAUUAUGGGGAAAGAUGUCUGUUACGCGACUAAAUUUGAUAUAACCCGGUAUAAAGAGGUGGAAAUAUUCAAUAACCCGGAAUAUAUGUACAAAUACCCUUGUACACUGCAAACCUAA